AUGAUGAAAUUCGAAGAAUUAGCCAAUGAAAUAAUACUUGAAUUAUUUGAAUUACUCGAUACAGUAACUCUUAUUCAUGCUUUCUCUGGUCUUAACUUUCGUUUAAAUCAAUUAAUUUUCAGUCGUAUUCGAACCUAUCAUCUAGAUUUGCGAUCGAUUUCGAAAAAUGAUUUCAAUCUAAUCUGUUAUCAAUAUCUUCCAACUAUUAUUGAUCGAAUUACGUUACUACGCAUAUCACAUGAUGAUGAAACACCAUACAUUUUAUAUGGAACUUAUUUACAUGUUUUUCAUAUUCGUCAAUUCAAUCAUUUACAAUCAUUAUCUCUUUAUUCGAUUGAAGAAGCUUCGACAAUAGAUCAAAUAAUUCUUGAAUUACAUCAACUUCCCUAUCUUACACAUUUAAACAUAAUUCAAUGUAAUUUAGAACGUAAAUGUGAUAGAAAAAUUGUUGCUUUGAACGAAAUUUGGAGUCUAAAGAAAGUGACACAUUGUAAUUUUGAUCAUUGUCAUGGACUUUCCAUACAGUUGGCUCAAAUAUCAGUAAUAUCACAAACUAUUGAAUAUCUUUCAAUAGAUACUAGUGAUCAUUUCAGAAAUUUAACUCAAUUAAUUCAUUAUACACCAAAUCUUCAACGAUUCAAUUGGAAUUUAAUAUAUUCAUCAAGUAAUCAACCACCACUUAUUACAAUGUCAUCGAUAGUUUCAUUGAAACUUCGUUAUAAUGGUACAAAUGAUUGGUUAAAAAAUAUUUUACAACAUAUGCCUAAUUUAUAUGAUUUAAAAUUAGAUCUUAUUAAUAUUUAUUUAAAUGGAUAUGAAUGGGAAAAUCUAUUUGUUUUAAAUUUACCUAAUAUAAAAAUUUUUCAAUUUCGAAUGCAUCUUAAAUUUUCUAAAAUAAAUCUUGAACAACAAAUUAAUGAAAUACUUAAUUCAUUUCAAAGUUCAUUUUGGCUUGAAGAACAUCAAUGGUUUGUUCGAUGUGAAUGGAAUUCAUCAAAUUCAGGUAUUAUUUAUACAUUACCUUAUGCAUUUAAUUAUAUGUUUUAUUUGAAUCAACAUUCAUCGAAAUCUACGUGUCGAAAUGAACAAGAUUAUUGGUCGUAUAAUAAUAUACGAAAAUUUGAAUAUAUCAAUAGUAAUAAUAUGUUUAUUAAUGAUUUUGAUAAUUUUCCAAUUCGUUUAACUAAUCUUCAUGAACUUGAUAUUGCUCUUCCUAUAGGUAAUUAUUUUUGGUCAAUUAUUUCAUCAUGGAAUCAAUUGAUUUCACUUAAUAUAAGUAUUAAUGGAAAUGAAAAUAAUGUUUAUUUUCAAUUACAAAAAUUUCUUGAUCAAACACCACAUCUUUAUUCAUUGAAAUUUUCUAAUUGGAAUGAUUUGAAUAUGAUAUUAUUUCAAAAAUUGAAAAGUAAAUCAAUUCGUCGACUUCAUUUUACUGAAUUACGUAUAACUUGUCGUCAAUAUUUUGAACGUAAUGAAUGUUCUGCAUUAAUCAAUUCAGCAUUGGGAAAACAAUGUGAAGUUUUAAUUAUUCCUAUUGCUAAUGAAAUAUUGGCUGUUGAUAUUGCUGAAAAUAUGAUAAAACUUCGAAGUUUGAUUAUCAAAUGUCAAGGUAACAGAUCAUCUAGAUUUAAAUUCUCAUCAAGAAAUGAUCUAUUUGUUCAAUGGAAAUAA